AGAGACGACAUUCAACAUGUUUAGAUUAGACAUUAAAUAGGUCGUCGAGAUUAAACAGCAAGAUAAAGCUGCAAUGGAGGUAAAGACAGAUCAGCCGGUUUGUUUUGAUGUUUGUUUACUGUGUCAGUUAAAGUGCACCGAUCGGCACUGCUUAACUGAGCGGAUAAAUAUCAGCAAUGGCCCGAUGGCUGAUGUUAUAUGCAAGCACUUCUGGUUGUCGAAAUCCUCUUGUAAAGGGCGAUACAUCUGCGCUACAUGCUGGGACUCCACGUAUUCCUUCCAUAAAUUCUACAUCGAAAUUGAACGAGUGCACUCUGUACAUCCAACAGUAACGAUUAAAGAAGAGUCAGCUUACACAGAACAUAAGCAAUCCUGCUCAACCGAGCAGCUGGACUGGUUGCACGAUGAAAAUACUUUGCUAACAAGUGCAAAUGAAGUUUACGUAAAAGAAAGCUAUACUGGCAGCGAUACUGAAUCGACAGUGGAGCGCACGGAUGCUACUGAUCGAGACGCCACAUCAGAUAAUGAUUCCAAUAUUCCUUUAUCGGCUCUCAAGGAUGAAAUCACAGCUUCCCGCAUCGCGCAACAAAAAAACGCUCCCGAAAGACUUUCGCCAUUCCCCGGUGUAGGAUUGUCGUUAAGCCGAAUAAUUGGCCGUAGGCUCGAGCUUAUCUGUCACGACUGUUUCCGUCAAGCGAGUUCCGAUACCAAAUCGCCCAAAAAUGUAACCACCGCAAGCUUUACCUUCGCCGCAUUGUUGAAACACUAUCGGCAAGCGCACAGCAAGGCUGGUUAUGCAGUUUGCUGCAACCGAAAGUACACGCGUAGAACGUCCAUAAAGAUGCACCUGCUCUCACACGGUAGGAAGGCUACAUACUGUUGCAUUCCCUGUGGUAUAAAGUUUCGCAAACAGGAAUCUUUAGACGAGCACAACCUGCUCAUCCAUACGUCGGAGGAGGAAAAACAGUUCAAGUGCGGACAGUGCGAUAAAUCGUUCGCGACCGAGCACCUGCUAAAUUCGCACGGAACGUGGCAUGAAAAUAUUGCCAAAAAGAAUAUAACUUGCAACAUUUGUAACCUAUUCUUUGCCAGUCAGCCAUCGCUGAGAAAGCAUCUUGCACUACAUCACCCAUCGCCGGAGAGCACUGAGACGCACCUGGUUUCUGGCAAUAGCAGCAGUACCGAACCCAACGAAGAGCGGCUAGUUGGUUGCCAGUAUCGCACACGCAUUUCGGCGGCAAAAAUCAGUGAACAAGACGAGCUUAUUAAGUGCCACUGUCUGUUAAACUGUAGCAAAUGUGAUUUUAUCGCGGAUAGCUUCAUACAGCUCAGGCAGCACAUGAUGCAGGCGCACGGUUUGCGACGUUGCGAGGUUACGUGCUGCGACCGUACGUACAGUAAGCGUCAAUCGCUCUACGAGCAUUGCUUGGUGCACGAAAAUCCCGAAUGCUUCCGAUGCGAUGUGUGCGGCAACAGCUACUCCAGCAGCCGCAGUCUGCAAAAUCACAAAUGGCGCAUACAUACACCGGCCGCUGAGCGACCCUUCUGCUGCGAUGUGUGUGGUGAAACUUUUGUGAAGGAUUACAUGCUGAAGCAACAUUUAGUGCACCAUUUGGCGAAGCAUAAGCAGCUAAACUACUGCCAAGAGUGCAAACGUUCGUUUACGACGGCGACGGUGCUCAAAUCCCACCAGCAGACGUUCCACGGUGGUGGUUUCAACUGGAUCUGUGAUAUCUGUGCGAAAGGGUUUAACGGUCGCACGCUGUUCGAAAAUCAUCGUUUAACACAUUCGGUCGAGGGAAAGACGCAACUUAAACAUCAAUGCGACCUUUGCAACAAAUGGUUGCGAAAUAAAAAAUCCUACCAACAGCAUCGGAUACGCUGUCACAGUAGCGACGGACCGGUGACAUGUAAAUUCUGCGGUAAGGAGUCAGUUAACGCGAGUGCAUUAAAGUCUCACAUACAUCUGCAUCACGCAUCACGCCCCGAAUAUCCCUGCACGUACUGCAGCAAAAGCUUCAAGACGCCGUUACGCCUGCGGGAGCAUGAAGCCACACACACCGGUACGAUACUGUACCGAUGCCCGUGGUGUACGCGUACCUUUGCCUGUGGUUCGAACAUGUACAAACAUAAGAAGGCGGCCCAUCCGCAGGAGUGGGCUGCCUCGGUGAAGAAACGGUUCGGGGAGCGUUGAAUGAGGUAUUGCGCUGUAUUGUGUUCGAGAUGUCAAUUGUCAAUCGAAUCGGAUUUAUCAUAUGCUGGCUAAAGCAAUGUUCCAAGAGUUAUGAGUUAUGACCUUCUUAAUUCUUACGAAAGUUAAGAAUUGUUAUCUAUCUGAGGUUUAGAAUAACCUUUCCAUUAAAUUCGCUUAUCAUAUCAAUAUUUAUGUUGGCCAUUCCCAGGGGUCGGUCAGGGACUCGUUAGUGUAUCGUCAGGACUAACUAUCCAGCUACGGGUAAAUAGCGUCAAAGAAAGCCAGAAAGGGCAGGCCUAGACCUCUUCAGGUUUUUGGUACCGAUAAAGAAAAAGACCAUUUGUUUUAAGAUUUGUUUAUUGAUUGUGGUCAGGCAAACUAGUAUUAAAUAAUUUUUUUCUCGUUCUCGUGAAACUGUAACCGUGGACAUGCAAUUAAAAAUAGCUCAAACAAUGAUUAUUGCUCAUAACAGGCUAUGCUCAAUGCAUCCAAAAGGGCGCUCCGGAGUUGUUAGUGUAGUCGGCGCAGCAUCAGAGAUUUACAAUAGCCAACACGGUGGCUCUUCUUUGUGCGAGGUCCCACAAGCCUCCAAAGUCCCUACGCAUUAUCCAAAACGUGAUGGUUUCUUGCCGAACCGAAAGUUUCCUCUCAUCAGCUUUCUAAAAAAACUUCUUAAGUUAGAUGCCUUAAUUAUCCUGGCAUUUGCAAUGGAUUACAACAUAUAUUUUUGAUUUGACCAGAGCUAUAUAUAUAUGAAGUUGAAAAUAUCGCAGUCUGGAUGAAGGGUAUGAACAUGGUUAGGGUAAUACAGAAAACAGCUUGAGGCAGUUUAGCUAGUUGCAAUUGAAACCGAAGCAGAAAUGAAGUGAAUAUUUCUUCAAUAACAUCUCGACGGAUCGUGCUACGCUUGAACUUGGCUGGAACAUCCAAAACAUAUUGUUUAGCUUGAAGAAGGCUUGAUGUCUUUUGCUUUGUACUGACACUAGAACGGCGAUGACUUGGCGCAUGCUUGAGCUUGUUUGUGUAGGCUACUCUUGUGUUUUCUUUCUUCCGUUUCAUUAUUUGUAAUAAACAAACCCC